AUGUUACAACCAGUACAAGGAAAGACUAGAUUGACUAAAUGGUACUCUUCCUUUACCAACAAGGAAAAGUCAAGAUUCACAAGAGAAGUUUCAAAUAUGGUGCUCAACAGACCACCCAAACUAUGCAACUUUUUGGAAUGGAAAGAAUAUAAGAUCAUCUUUAAGAGAUAUGCUAGUUUAUACUUUGUCGUAUGCGUAGAUAGAACAGAUAACGAACUCAUCGUAUUGGAAACAAUCCAUCACUUUGUUGAAAUUUUAGAUAGAUAUUUUGGAAAUGUUUGCGAAUUAGAUUUAAUUUUUAAUUUCCACAAAGCAUAUUAUAUUCUCGAUGAAUUAAUUAUGGCUGGAGAAUUACAAGAGACUAGUAAAAAGACGGUACUAAGAAUUAUGGCACAACAAGAUGCUCAACAAGAAAAUCCUAGCGAACAUAAAGUAGAUUUGUAA